UACCCCGGAAAGCAGAGUGCAAAACAGAAUCUGAGUAACAACUGGAGUUUAGCCUCGUACUGUUUUAAGGGGGUUGUCGGUGUCGAACCUGGGACCUACAGACACGACUCGCUAGUCAUGUCAGCCUCAGCAGUGUUCGUACUGGAUUUAAAGGGCAAGGUACUGAUAUGUCGAAACUACAUGGGAGAUGUAUCUUUGGAUGAGAUAGACAACUUCAUGCCACUUCUGAUGAAGAGAGAGGAAGAGGAGUCUGUCGUUCCUGUACUCAAGCAUGGCAACAUUCAUUUCUUGUGGCUUAAACACAGUAAUUUGUAUUUGGUAGCCAUAACCCGGAAAAAUGCAAAUGCAGCUUUGGUCUUCUCAUUUCUAUACAAACUUAUACAGGUUUUUAAGGAAUAUUUUAAAGAGCUGGAGGAGGAAAGCAUCCGGGACAACUUUGUCAUUGUCUACGAACUUUUGGAUGAGCUAAUGGAUUUUGGAUUUCCACAAACGACAGACAGUAAAAUCCUUCAAGAGUACAUCACUCAGCAGGGCCACAAGCUGGAAAUCGGUGCUCCGCGUCCACCUCCUACUGUUACUAAUGCAGUCUCCUGGCGAUCUGAGGGACUUAAGUAUCGCAAGAAUGAAGUUUUCAUCGAUGUCAUUGAAUCUGUGAAUCUCUUGGUGAACGCUAAUGGUAGUGUGCUGCGCAGUGACAUUGUCGGAAGCGUAAAGUUAAGGGUGAUCCUCUCAGGCAUGCCAGAACUGCGACUUGGUCUUAAUGAUAAGGUGUUAUUCGAGAUCACAGGGAGAGACAAGAGUAAGACAGUUGAGUUGGAAGAUGUAAAGUUCCAUCAGUGUGUCCGGCUGUCCCGAUUUGAAAAUGAUCGGACAAUUUCCUUCAUUCCACCAGAUGGAGAGUUUGAGUUGAUGUCAUAUCGCCUUUACACACAUGUGAAGCCACUGAUCUGGAUCGAGUCUGUGAUUGAGAAGUACUCCCACAGCAGAGUGGAAAUCAUGGUCAAGGCAAAAAGUCAAUUCAAACAACGGUCAACAGCUAAUAAUGUGGAGAUCGCUGUUCCAGUCCCAAGUGAUGCAGAUUCACCAAAAUUUAAAACCAGCCAUGGGUCUGCAAAGUGGGUCCCUGAAAAGAAUGUGGUUCUGUGGGCAAUCAAGACUUUUCCGGGUGGGAAAGAGUUUUUGAUGAGAGCUCAUUUUGGCCUUCCAAGUGUUGAGAGUGAAGAGUUAGAAGGUAAACCUCCAAUCACUGUGAAGUUUGAAAUUCCAUAUUUCACUGUCUCUGGAAUUCAGGUGCGCUACCUGAAAAUCAUUGAGAAGAGUGGAUAUCAGGCAUUGCCUUGGGUUAGAUACAUUACUCAAAGUGGAGACUACCAGUUGCGAACAAACUAAGAUCUCAUUCCAGACAGAAAAAACAAGUACCUCAGGUGGCUUUUCUGUUGCUUAAUUUCAACACUUCACCAACAAAUGAAGUUACCAUCAAGAUGAAGAGGUGGAAGUAAUCUGAACUCUUACCAGCAGGAACUGCACUUCCCAUCCACAUUUCUCAUCAGGAAAACUCAUGGAGUUGCAUUUCCUCCAUGCUUUUCACUGAGUUGGGAUCUGUCUUUGUGUUGAAAUGACUUUAUAUAAGUGACUUGUAUUAGGUAUGGUUUGCGUUGAACAUUUCUGGUUGGGGUGGGUUGAAUGUACAGGUCAUCUGUAAUUCAGUGAACUGCAGAAUGAGGGGAUAAAAGCCUUCAUAAAUGAGACACUGUUAGUGCCUGAAUCUUCAAAUUUGAUAAUGGUGAUUGUGACUGUGUGUAUUUCAGAGAGAUACCAGUAAUAAUUUUCACUGCAAAGGUUUGCAUUCUUCCUACUGCAGCAAUCAAGCAGAUAACUGGCAGCUAUCCAGUUUCCUGUUCAAAAUAUGCACUAAAAUGAUACCAUUCCUGAUACUGAUUAGUACAAUCAAUAUGCAUGUGUGUAUGUAUGAUAUUUGCCUAUUGGUUUUCUGCCUAUAAACAGGUAUUCAAGGGUGUGGUUUAAUGGGGUGAUUCCUAAACCCACGAUAGUCUGAUUACUGUACACAUUACUUCUUGGGACCCAAGAUUAUAGGAGUUAGCCUUAUAGUAACCUCUUUUUCUAUUGCCUUUGCUCUCCUUAAAUUAAGAGGGUAGAGAGCUGUGACAGCCCUGUAUCGGUAAAACAGAUGUCUGCAAUGCACAAAUGGUAUAUAAAUAAAAACAUUAGCAAACAUACACUGCUCAGUUACAUUCCACAUACAAAUUUAUAUGUGGUAAAAAUUGAAGUGCUUCUUAAGUCAUUCUAAACAUGAACUGGGAACCAGUCUUAUUUAAAAGUUAUGCAGAGCAGAACUAAACCGUUUUGUUUCCCUUGUCGUGUCUUGGCAGCUGCAAAAAUUUUUCAGUUUAGAACUUGUGCCUUCUUUAAAGAUGGGUAUUGCACACUGACUUUACCAGGAUUAUUAUGUCAGUCGCUUGAAUUCACUAAGUUGAUGAAAGCAGGGCUUAAAUUGUUAAGUUUGGUUUUAUUGAUGAUUACUAUCAAUAGUUUAAAUGGUUCCUUCCAUCCCCACCCCCUCAUGCACACACUUCCUUUGCCUUUUGCACUCUUGGGUGAACCAUGACCUGUAAUCUGUGUACUGUGUAAGAAGGUUGGGUAACUUAAAUUAACAAGUCGUCAUGACUGAUCUCUGGAUACCCAGGCUAGGCUCUUAGCUUAUUUCUGUAAUGUUGAGUAGCCCUUUUUAAAUACAUCUGCUACCAUGUUGUAUAUGUAGUCCAUAAUAAGUUUGGUGAACUUCUUUGGAGGAUGGAAAUAAAACUCAGUGCAGGUACAGAAGUAUAUAUGAAAGCUGACUUUGUAUGCAGCUGUUAUAAUGUCUUGUCAGUGCCAUCUUCGACAGCUGCCAAAGUUGCAGCAGUGUGUAUAGUGUGAGCACUGUUCUGUCAGUCUUAUGGUGAUGCAAGGCUACCUGGUGAACACCAGAACCAGGUACGGAGUGUGAAAUCAAAGCUCUAUUCAUUUAUGUCCCACUUGGUCAAAACAGGCCUUGGGUGAUGUAUGUGUGUUGGGGCGGGUGGGGAGCAAGCUCCCUCACAUCGUCUUUACUUAAAAUAACCAAUUCUAAGAUCAUACAACUUUGGGGCAGGUUUAUGUAUUUUUGAUAAAAAGGGACAUUGACAAAGUGGGGUUUGGUAAAACAACCAGUGACUGCCAGAACCAUAUUUAGCAUCUAGUGAAAUAACAGAAUCUUCCAGAAUUAUCGGAGGAUCUGACAUCCAGAAUCAUUCUCUCUGGGUCUGUGAUUUGAAGAUAUACUUCCUCUCUGGGUUUGACUGUUUUUCCCCUAAUACAUCUCUGUUUUGGGGACAUAUGCAGCAUCAGAUGAGAAAUCUCAUGGUGUUAUACACUUCAAUUGAAUACCAUAUGUAAUCAGUAAGACCUUUAGUUGUUUUCUGACACAUACACAGGCUGGAUCUUGAUAUGGCAUUCAUUAUGGAAAAGUUACCGCAUUCACCUCCUAACAUAGGUAAACAGUAAGUGUUCAUAGGGUCACCAGCCAUAUCAAGAGCUGAGAUGUGUGCUUGCAUUUUUUGUAUUUCUUUUGGAUAGGAGCACAUCUGCUGCAAUUAUGAUGCAGGAAACAGAAGAUUUUGCUCUGCUUCUUUACUCAGAGGAUAGUGAUGGUUAUGACUGACCAACAUUAGAGCAGUGAGGGGACUGUUUGUCGAACUCUAGGCCUAUAAUUGACCACUAUAAAAAGGUGAAGGAAGCAGAUGUUAGACAUCUAGCACCAUUCUGUCUAGUUAACUCCAUCUUUGAGAUGGCCAUUCGAUUCCAGGAUGUUGCAUCCUUAUCCUUGGCUUGCUAAACUUGAAGUUCACGUGCAUUUUUUGUUUCACAGAUUGUGAGGCGUUCAUGAGAAGUGAAUUCCAAGCAUUGUUAUUUUCUUUUUCUUUUCCUUUUUUGUUUUACUUGUUAAAUGGGUAAGCCCACUGGACAGAAUUGUUCCAUGUCAUAGGUGAUCGUAAACCUUCUGAGGUAUAAACAUUGCCCACCCACUGGUUAUGUAGCCAGGCAUGCUCAUAACUAGUCUACUGCAUAAGAGUGGUGUCUUGAUUCCCAAAACUGGAGUUCAGUGGUUGCACUCUGGACUGAAUACUCUUCAACUCAGCCUGUCUCUCACCUGUCCUUGUUCACUUCUCACUAGUGGAUCGAGUGCUGGAAAAAAGCUUUAAGCCCCAUACAAGUCUGGAGUGAAAAAGGAGAUUAUUCACGACUUUGUCUUCUGUUCCAACCAUGCAUCUCAGUGCAGCUUUUAAGGUGAAAAGGUUCAAGGAUAUGUCUGUGUAAAAAAGCAUGGCUGAAGCUUUAUUCUCUUGAGUAAGAGAUAAAUAGAUAUAUACCAACUCCAUGGUCACCCAAGAGCUGGGAAAAGUGACAACCCACUGAAAUGCACCUUAGUCCUGCACUACAAUACAUGCAGAUUAGCUUUCAAAAAUCCACAGCUAAUAAAUCCCAAAAGGCUGCUAACAAACUGCACUCAGUAUACUAAAGGACAAUCCAAAACAUCUGUAAUCAGAAUGUGUUCUGUCUGGCUGCAAUACGUGUAGCCCUGCUUUGAGACUGGUAGAAACUGUCAACUACUCUAGGGUUUGUUCACAAGGGUCGAAUUCAAAAGUGCACACUGGCAUGGCAGCAGUGUCACUCUAUAGUCUACUGUACUAUGUGCACCCCCAGGAUGGCAAGACUCCAUAAAAAUGUAGCCCUCACCAGGCCAAGAGGGUCCAGGAGGGAUAAGUCCCGGCAAACCUAUUGUGUCCAUAACCAGAUGACUAAGGAGAUAAUUUCUUUGGGCUUCUCUUCAAGAAGACAAUAACUGAUACUGGUGGUUGUGGAACUGAGUGGUGAUGAUGACAAAUCAGUCCUCUGAGAUGAAAACAGACAAGUCUACCACUAGUUUAUGAAGUCCCCAAGAGACUGCAACUGGGGGGAACUUAAGCCAAGAGUGGUAUCGAUGUUCAUCAUGUUUCACUGCUGCAGUCAUUGCACUUGGGUUAUCCUGCCGUCAGGCGGUCCCGCA